AAGUGUGUGGCGAGACCUGGGUGGGGAGGCGCUCGGAUCCUCCCCCCUGACAGCACAGAAUUCCACAGUGUAAGCAACCCACAGCGGUCUGUUCCCCCCUCACUAUUUUAAGUCUCAGAGCCUGCUCCUCUGCAGAGCCCGAGUCAGGCCAGGUGUGUGUGUGUGUGUGUGUGUGCCCGCGUGCGCGCCCCUGUGUGUGCAUGUGUGCGUGCGCGCUCGCGUGUGUGUGUGUGUCCACCCAGGCGCUAGGCUGGGCUGGGCAUUUAUUUUUUUUUAGCUGGAAAAGAAGCGAGCGAGCCUUCACUGAGGGGCCCCGCGUCAAACAUGGCGCAAUACUGCUGAGGGCCCCAGCAGAAGACAGACCGGACUGACCGACAGACAGACGGACCGGACCGGACCGACGCAGCGAGCGGGAGCCAUGGUCGUGGAGGAGGUCGUGAUCACGCUGUCCGGAGGGGCGCCCUGGGGUUUUCGGCUGCAGGGCGGAGCCGAACACAAGAAGCCGCUGCAGGUCGCCAAGGUGCGGAAGCGCAGCAAGGCGUGCCGGGCGGGGCUCCGCGAGGCGGACGAGCUGGUGUCCAUCAACGAGAGCCCGUGCGGCGGGCUGUCCCACGCCCAGGCCAUGAACCUGAUCGACAGCAGUCCGGGGACCCUGCACAUACGCGUCAGAAGGGCUCCCGCGGGAUUCCAGUCGGUGGUGCUGCUGACCCGGGCUCCCUCCCCGCGCAUCGACAAGGAGUACCGGGCGGCCCUGCGCGCCAUGUCCCCCCCCGGGGGCCAGCAGGGGGCGCCGGAGGAGCACAGGAGCCGGGAGGGCGUGACGUCGCCGCAGGGCAGCGAGGCGUACUACGGCGAGACGGACAGCGACGCCGACGUGACGCAGGAGAGGCACCGGCGGCCCAGGCGCCGCAGCCCCAGCAACUCGCCCGGCAGGGCCCCCCCGGACCGGGCCGCCCCCCCCGACAGGGCCUCCCCUGAGGAGCCCAACGACGCUGGCGGCGGCGGCGGCGGCGUGGCCCGCCGGGAGGUGGUGUACCAGCCCCCGCAGGGCGAGUGGUCCUCCUCCCUGACCGAGACGUCCGCCGAGAACUCCUCGCUCAGCGCCGACGACCAGGGGCCCCGGGACGGGGCGGCCGAGGAGGACAGCGGCUUCCAGGAGCCCCACACCCUGCCCCCGCUGGUGUCCCCCGAGCGGGCCAGGGGGGCCCUGCAGCUGGCCUCCCGGAAACAGCUGGUCCCCAUGGUGGGGCCCGUGGACAACCCCGUGGACGAGGAGCUGACCGUCACGUACAUGGACAAAGCCAAACAAGCCAAGCUUCACCGUGGCGACAGCCAGCAGGAGAAGCAGGUGAAGGAGGCGCGCACCAAGUGCCGCACCAUCGCCUGCCUGCUGACGGACGCGCCCAACCCGCACUCCAAGGGCGUGCUGAUGUUCAAGAAGCGCCGCCAGCGCUCCAAGAAGUACACGCUGACCAGCUUCGGCUGCGUGGAGGAGGACGCCGCGCCCCAGGACUCCCACGAGGAGGAGGAGGAGGACGGCGUCCUGCCGGGCAGCGAGUCCGAGUUCGACGAGGACGGCCUCCCCGCGGCCCCGGACCCCACCUGGGACAGCGACUACCUGGAGGCGCUGGAGAAGAAGGCGUCGGCGGCGGGGCCGGGGGCGGGGGAGGGCGGCGGGGCGGAGGACCCGGGGCUGACCGCCACCUCGGGGAAAGGGGCGCAGCUGUUCGAGCAGCAGCGGAGGAGGGCGGCCGAGCACGCCAAGCGGGCGGCGGCCCGGCAGCCGCAGGCCCCGCCCCCGCCGCAGCCCGCGGAGGCGCGCGCCGUGGGACCGCCCCCGGCGGAGGCCGAGGCGCCGCCCCCCGCCCCGGCGCAGCCCCCCGCCCCGCACCCCGCCGUCGGCAUGGUGAACGGGGACGCCGUCGUCGCGGAGAGCCCCGUGGCGAUGGCGAUGGCCAUGACGAUGGCGAUGGUGGCGUCCCCGGCCGCCCCGCAGGCCUCGUUCACCUCCCAUCUGCUGGCCUCGCCCCCCCCGUCGGAGCUGCCCGAAAUGCCCGCCAGCAACGUCCUGAACAGGACCGCCCGGCCCUUCGCCCCCGGCUUCAUCAGCCACCGCGCCUCCACCGCGCCCGUCGUCUUCCGGCCCAACGCGGCCAAGAAGCCCCGCCCCGCCGCCGCGCCCAUGGCCGUCCCGCCCCCUCACUCCUCCCCCUCUCCCUUUGAGAUGCAGCCGGAAGCCACGCCCCCCCUCCCUCCUGUCUUCUCGGCCCAGCCGGUGCCCACCUGGGCGCCCCGGGCAGUCUCCGCCCCUACCACGCCCACGGCGGCCCACCACCCUGGCAUGCCCCGCCCCCCUCUUGUCAUGACGACGCAGCCGGUCCCCUUGGCGCCGCCUCCCGCCGCCCGAGAAAUUUCGGUCUCCCCCGUCGCGGCCUCGCCGAUCGCGGCCUCCCCCGCCCCCGCCCCCGCGGCUCCUUACCAGCAGGGGGCGGAAGCGGCGCCGGGCGGCCGCACGGGCAUCCUGCAGGACGCGCUGCGGAACCGGCCCCGGAAGGCCCUGUUCACCCGCCAGGAGGAGAAGAGGAGCACGCCCAACCCCCAGCUGCUGUCCAUGGUGCAGAGUCUGGACGAGGGGCCGCGGGGGGGCGGCGGCCUGGACCGAGGGUUCGAGUCCUGCCCCGAGGACGACUCCUUCAACCUGGGCGCCGAGGCCUCCGACUUCUCCCGGGCCAGGCUGCCCCCGCCGGUGGCCCCCAAACCGCGGGUGGUCCCGGCGGCCUCCGCCAUCGGCCAGGGCGAGGGAAGGGGGGCGGAGCUGUUCGCCCGCCGGCAGACCCGCAUGGACCUGUACGUGGUGGACAACGCCCCCCAGCACCCCCCUCCCGUCACCCCUCCCGUCCGGUCCCGCGACCCCUCCCCCACGCCCUCCCUCCCCGCCCACUGGAAGUACUCGCCCAACAUCCGCGCCCCCCCGCCCAUCGGCUACAACCCGUUGCUGUCGCCCUCCUGCCCGCCGGUGGCGCAGCGCGGGCCCAAGCCGUCCGAGCCCAAGGCGGCGAAGAGGGGCGGGCGGCCGCAGCGGGACGGGAUCCGCGCCCUGGACGCCAUGCGGAGGCAGCCGUACCAGCUCAACCCGGCCAUGUUCAGCUUCGCCCCGAGCCCCCAGCCCGUCGUCUCCCACCGGGAGGGCCCCACCCUGGUGGGCAGCUCCCUCAGCUCCCCCCGGCAGGUCCCCGUCAAGACGGCGCGCGCGUACGAGAUCAGGCGCUUCUCCACGCCCACGCCCAUGUCGGCGCCCGCCACCCUGACGCCCACCGUCAUCCCGCCGCGCUCCGCCACCACCCUCGCCGAGCCCCUGUGCCGCCCCGACCUGGCCUCCCCGCCCCCGCCGCCGGCCCCGCUCGCCCCCGCCGCGCCCCCUCACCGCCCCGCCCCGACGGGAGCCCCGCCCCAGCUGCCCAGGCUGUCGUCCGGCCCCGUCCAGAGCUCCGCCCCCUACCCGCCCCCUCCCACGGCCUCGUCCAGCCUGGUCUACGGUGGCCUGCAGGGGGCCAAGCAGUUCAAGAGCGCCCCGGAGCUCUUCCCCCCGCGGUCGGCCACGGUGCAGGUGGCCAAGCCCCGCUUCGUCGCCUCCAGGAUGGGCAUCCAGGCCAACGUGUGGAGGCCCGGCUUCAUGCACUACUGAUGGGGAUGCUGCACCGUAGGAGGCGUAUCACCACCCUGGCACUCCCCUAUGUGACAGUUUUCCCCACAUACAGUAUGUGUGGGAUUUACAAAGUGGUAAACCACUAAAGGCAAACAUCCAUGAUUUCAAUUGGAGCACACAAAAGCCACAUGAGAGCAAAUGCUAUAGGGUUGCCUGUUCACAGCAAUACAGAGGUUAUGGUGUGCAUGCUAUAAUAUUGUUCAAGUAACGAUUUGAAUCACUCCCAAAAUAAAAAAGAUUAUCAAGCCAGAUUGACUUGUUUUUCAGUUUAGAGACAGUUUCUUCUGUUCUGCAAAUGUAAUUGAAGUUCCAGUAUCCCAACACCAACAUCCCAUUCCCCUUGUAAAAUGGUAAAAUGGAUGAUUAUAGCUACAGGCAUGCAAUAGCAGAGUAUCUAAUAAGGUGUCACAUAUUGACAUAGAUUUUCCUUCUCUUCUUUCAAAUUAACGCACCUUAAUAUAUACCUAUGUCUCACUGGGCUUUUGAAAAUUGCAUAAUUGAUUUCUCUUAGGCCUAAAAUAAACUGGCAGGUUCGAUGUCAUAUUCUGGUGGAAAGGUUUACCAUUAUUUUCAUGUCUUCAGGUAUUUUAUAGCAUUUGAGAGCCAUAUGUUAUUGCCUGAGAUUAAGUUCCCGUAUAGCAGGUGAGUUAACCUGAUAGAGUUUUGGAGGAUGAUGAUACAAAUCCCUAUGGCAACAACAAUGAUUUUGUAAAGGUCAGAAGUUCAGUUAAAUUAAAGAUGAUAUCAAAUCAAGCCCACAAAAUAUUCUGCGUCAAUUCAGAAGAACAAACUCAGAUUUUGGAGUAAACUCACUCAAGUUAAUUAUGGUUCAACAGUUCAACUGAAAUUUAGAAUGUCUUGGAUGAGAUGCUUGUAAACUGUCUUCCAUUAAGACAGAGACAGUGGUGUUUUUUUUUUGUUUUUUUUUAGUAUUUGGCUAACUUGCCUUAUAAGCAAAAGUGCUGACCAAUUCACACAACGGUUCUACUGCAGGUGAACACAGGAAGACCCAUGAAGCACCACCUGGUGCCAUGUCUCUUUCAGAAAGUGUGUACAGUGGUCUACUGGGGGGUGAUUGCAUGGAUGCUGGACACACAAGCAGAAGAAACUGAUGCAAGCUCUUGGUGAUGAGUAUGAUCACCACGGUAACACUGAGCAAACAGGAACUUAAUGAUAUGAGACAAAUCAGGGCUGUGUCCGAAUAAGAGCCCUUCCAUACUAUUGAGUAUGCUUGUUGAGUACACUGGAUGAGAAGGUUGUUGGAAGUAGGUGAAAAUUUAUUUAGAUGGAAUGUCAGUAAAAUACAUAAAAUGUACUCAUAAUAAUGACAUGCUUAUUUUCGAGUUUUCGCAGAGGACAUGCUGGAGUAUGCUUUUCAGGAAGUGCGCAAAUAUUUUGGUCCCAGAAACAUGGUGAGCGGCUUCGCUUUAAAAAGGAGGUGCAGCUUCACUGAUGUUUUCUUUCUGUAACAAUAACAAUAGCAAGGUGAGGUAUGGCUGCGCAAGAUUUAACUGCCAACUGCAAGGGCGGGACACCAUACGACACUGUCACAAUACGAGCGGCAGCGUAUUAUAAUGGGUAAGGAGUUUGGUCUUGUAACCUGAAUGUCACAGGUAUAGACUGCCAUUGUACGUUGCCUUAAGCAAGGUACUUAACCUGCAUUGCUUCAGCGUAUAUCCAGCUGUAUAAUUGGAUACAAUGUAAAUGCUGUGUAAAAAGUUGUGUAAGUCGCUUUGGAUAAGAGCGUCUGCUAAAUGCCUGCAAUGUAAUAAUGUACUGUAAUGUAACAAUAUGGUUGGAAAAUAGCAUGGAGGAUAUUUCUCACAUACUGCGUGUUGUACUCAACAGUAUGCAGUUCAACAGUACACAGUACGCUUGCACCCAGUACAUACUAAACAGGACACAGUACGCUUGUGCCCAGUACAUACUAAACAGGACACAGUACGCUUGUGCCCAGUACAUACUAAACAGGACACAGUAUGCUUGUGCCCAGUACAUAGUAAACAGUACACAGUACGCUUGCACCCAGUACAUACUAAACAGGACACAGUACGCUUGUGCCCAGUACAUACUAAACAGGACACAGUACGCUUGUGCCCAGUACAUACUAAACAGGACACAGUACGCUUGUGCCCAGUACAUACUAAACAGGGCACAGUAGAUUUGGCUCUGAUUUGGACACAGCCCUGGAUUAGAACCCGAGUGUCCGCUCCUGUGAUUGGCACUCCUGACCAGAUCACAGCCUGCCAGUCCUGUGCCACCCGUGGCUUACAGGAGGCACAGAUGUGACUGGCACGAUGGAUGUGCAUCAGAUGCUUUUAGGGAGCGUGUCGUAGCGGUGAGGGGAUGUGACUUGUAAAUGGGGGGUUGGGUGCUGGUUUGGUGCUUGUCGGUGUCUGGUGUAAACCUUGUGUCUCUGUGAAUGACCAUAAAUUCUCAUAAAUUCUCGUCAGGAAAAGCUAUAAAGACGAUUUACAUUUAUCAACACAGCAUUCUGGUUCGCUCACUUUGGGCUUUCAAUCAUCCUUUGAACUAAUCUAGUUUAUGAGUUGUCAGAUAUAUACAAUACACAUAAUUUGGGUGAUACAUUUCAGUAUGUGUAAAAAUUGUUUAAAAAUAAAAAACCCAUAAAAAAACCAAGAAAAAUGUCUGAAUAAUGGACAAACGAGGUUUUUGCGUUGACACUGAGAUUAUUUUACCAUGGACAUCUGGGACUGUACUUAAUCUGUAAUGAGAAAGUUUCAGGGUGAUAGUCUCACUGUUGUGUUCUGGUGGAGUAACUUGAGAUCUUGCAGCAAGUGACUUGCCUGUGAAAGGUCUAUUGUAGGUUAAAUAGGUUGUUCUUGAUGAGGGUGUCUCAAUCCAAUAUGGUUACCAAAGAACUCCUGAAGAUGAACCGGAAUUAUUGGACCGGACCACGUGUAACUUGCUCUGUAGUCCUGUGGUGUCGAACACAUCAGCCGACACCGAGACAAAACUAUGACUCAAUGACGGUUCGUGAAUCCUCUCCGGUCCACUUCCGUUUAUAGUGUAAUAAGACUAACAAGGCCACCGAGGCUGUUUUAACGGUGGUAAGAUAGCAAAGCUGUUAGUUCCUAGUCUCUAGUCUAACUCACAUGAAUUGAUAGGAAAUAAUAAUGUGUUGCAAGGACCUCGUUUGUGUAGCUUGAAUCACUGGACUUGGCGUGAGCCGUUCACGUCGCUGCCUGCGCUGUGUUGGCUGUUUGAUAAAUGUGCAGCGAAAGUGAUCCACGCGUUUGUUUGUUUGUAUAUUUAAUUAAAAGGAAUCGAAUUGCCAUGACGGUAGGACCGCACUGCAGCUAGACAAUGCUGCGGUGCGGUGUGAAAGAGCGUGAAGGAGAUGAGAACGAUGUUCAGGGUGUGGCUGGCCCCGGAACAGACAAGAUAAGUGUCUUCGUUGGUGGAGAUGGUACAAACCACACGCAAGUAGGCUCCAACCUUUUCUGCCUCGCUUUGGGCCUGUUCACAAGAGCGAUAAACAAGCAAAGUUAAACCAGGGUCCUAUGGCUUGUGGUUUACACUACACUUCUUCCUGAUGUCAGUUAGGCACUGUUGCUAUCCAAAUUACUGAAUGAAGAAGUCUUGGUCAUAAAAACUCUCGAAGUCGUAACAUUCAGAGUCCACCAUCUUGUUUUUGUUUUUUUGUUUUUUGUUUAAACAAACCUAAGAUGGGCUUAGGACAUCUCUUGUUGUGGAAUGUACCAUUUCUCUAGGGGGAGGGGAGUCUUGUCAGACAGGAACAGAUUGAAGAGAUUGUAAGAAACUCCCACAGCCUCCGGAAUAAUGAAAUGAAGUGAUUGGAGAAGACGGGGUGGGGAGAUGGAAGGGCAGUUGUUCCACACUGCCCGUGCCAUUUGCUCUAUGAAGAGAAUGCAAGAAAGAACUCGAAGGACACCUUUGAAGGAAAUCAAUUUGACUGUUGUUUCAUGUUCAUUUAAAAAGCGAGCUUGUAUAUUUUAGAACUUGUCUUGUAUAUUGUCUUAAUUCCUCCUGUUGCAUAUAAUGUGGGAAAUGAUCUUAAUUUAGCCAGAAAAGGAAAGGUCUAUGUUGGCCCUCUCACUGGGGAUUGAACUUGUGGGUUGAGUGAACUGCUGGUGUUUUAAAAAAAAAUGAUAUUUCCAUAGACAGGAAUGCUUUUACAGGCUGAAGGACACACUGAUUUUUAGUGGAAUAAAAAUUUACUUGAAACCUUCA